CAUUCAUCCACUGCCCCAGACAUCUCAAACUCCGAAAUACAACACCAACACCAACCAUACCACCCCGCCUCACAAACCGCAACCAUGUCCGCCCCUCCCCCCGGCGAAACCGACCUCCCCACCCUCCUCUCCACCAUGACCUUCACCCUCUCCCCCACCACCUACGUCUACCUGACCACCACCUCCCCCACGCCCGCCCUUCUCUCCAAGUUAGAUCCCAUCCUCACCUUCCGCGAAGCCGAAGGCACGACCCUCAUCACAACCCUCGAUCUCGCCACCACACACGGACACGAACAUACCUACGCCUGCAGGAUGAUCACGCUGGAGAUCCAUUCUAGUCUCGCCGCAGUGGGUUUUAUGGCUGCGAUCGCCAAGGGGUUGGGGGAGAGGGGGUGUAGUGCUAAUGUUGUGAGCGGGUAUUUUCAUGAUCAUGUUUUUGUGCCGGAGGGGAUGGAGGGGGUGGCGAUGGAGGUGUUGGGGGGGUUGAGGGAGGGGGCGAAGGGGGUGUGA